GAGUGAGUUGGCAGAGCGUGUCUUGCUCGAAGCCAAUCUAGCACCAGGAAAGACAGCAGUAACUCAUCACGAAGUGGCCCAAGUUCAACUCAACUCUCUUUCCCCCACCUAGAUCCCCAAAAUGUCCAAGGCCACUCCAGCGUAUCUAGCAUGAAAGGAAGUAUGAAGGAAGGGAAGUUGGAAAGGAAAAAAAAAAAAAAAAGACAGGUCUUAACCCAUGCCACUUUGAGGGGUGCUUUAAGACAUUUUCCUUUUAAUAAAUAAGUAAACAUAUGAUCACGUAAACUCAAUGCUAAAGUUCCUCUAUGGACUUUGGAAAGGGCUGGCGAAAGUCAGCGUGCCUGAAACACAAGCUUCAUUAGCUUAGCAGUAAAUACCCUCCGGAAAGAUCUCAGAGGAAGAAAUUAGUGCCCUUUGACGGAAUCGCCACCCUCCGUUGCUCCCACCCUUUCAGCUCCAAAGCUCCUGCUCUUUCAUUCAGCCUCAGACAAGCACUCACUUCUCAGGAAGUAUUCCCUGAGACAUUAUGGAGGCGCCUAGGCUCCCACCUCGAUUCCAUUAUAAUAUUUGAUCACAUAUGUUAAGUUUGUGUUUUUGUUUAGUUUGUGUUAUCUCCUCGUUAUCUUGUAGGCUCACUUAGGGCGUGGCUCAAGGCUUUUAACAACCUUUCUGCUGUCAUAGUGGUCCCCCAACAAGCCGUUGUUGAGUAAAUGAGUUAAUGCUCUGGGUGAAGGAGGAAAGCCCUCACUAGGAAGAGACUUGUGCCACCCGGGGCAAGAACAUCAGAGAUCCAGUUACAGCCCAGCGACCUCCGGGAUCAAUUGCAAUGGGAGGUGUGUUUUAUGGACCAUGUGCUGCUAUGUAUGCCUGAAGAAGUACUUGAAAUGCAAAUUUGGGGAGACUUUGCCAUAUAAAUGCUUGGCUGGAUUAAGCGCCUAAUUAGGAUGGUUUUUCAACAAGUUGGAGUAAGCAUGCAAUCGGUACUUUGGUCUAGGAAGCCAUAUGGUUCGUCUCGAAGUAUCGUAAGGAAAAUUGGUACUAAUUUGUCUCUGAUUCAGUGUCCAAGAGUUCAGUUUCAGAUUAACAGCCAUGCAACAGAAUGGAGUCCCAGCCACCCAGGAGAGGAUGCGGUGGCGUCUUUUGCUGAUGUUGGAUGGGUAGCCAAAGAAGAAGGAGAGUGUUCAGCAAGACUAAGGACAGAGGUCAGAUCAAGGCCACCCCUUCAGGAUGACCUUCUUUUCUUUGAGAAGGCCCCAAGCAGACAGAUUUCCUUACCAGACUUCUCUCAAGAAGAGCCUCAGCUGAAGACCCCAGCACUGGCAAAUGAGGAAGCACUGCAGAAGAUUUGUGCUCUCGAAAAUGAACUUGCUGCUCUCAGAGCUCAGAUUGCCAAAAUUGUGACCCAGCAGGAGCAGCAAAAUCUCACUGCAGGUGACUUAGAUUCUACCACAUUUGGUACCAUACCACCACACCCUCUGCCUCCCCCACCACCCCCGCCUCCCCCUCCACUGGGGCUCCACCAAAGUAUAUCUGCUGUUGAUCUGAUUAAAGAACGAAGAGAGAAAAGAGCCAAUGCUGGAAAGACUUUGGUUAAGAACAGUCCAAAGAAACCUGAAAUGCCAAAUAUGCUAGAGAUCCUUAAAGAUAUGAACAGUGUAAAACUUCGGUCAGUGAAGAGGUCAGAGCAAGAUGUGAAGCCCAAGCCAGUGGAUGCUACUGACCCUGCUGCCCUCAUAGCAGAGGCUCUGAAAAAGAAAUUUGCUUAUCGGUAUCGAAGUGAUAGCCAAGAUGAAGUUGAAAAAGGAGUUCCAAAGUCUGAAUCAGAGGCCACCUCAGAGAGAGUGUUGUUUGGGCCACACAUGUUGAAGCCAACAGGAAAAAUGAAGGCUUUAAUUGAAAAUGUAUCAGACUCCUAAUAGACAAUGAGCUGCGAAAGACUCCUGGUUCCCCUGUUGAUUUGUGAGGGCCAAGUUUGCUAGUAGAAAUCGACACUGUUUAGUAAAUACCUAACUUUAGUAUUCAGUGGUCUUCUUUUCAGGCUAAUUAGAGGAUUAAGCAAUAAUGAAAGCACUAAGUUUGGUUUUGCUUUUGUGAGAUGGUCAGCUUUGGUGCUCUCCACAUGUGUGUUCUGACAUGUUUCUAAUAUGUGGCCAGGGCGUUCAGAUUUCCAGUUUUGAAAACAAUUGUAUAGAUUUCACAACACAAAAAGGACAUUUGUGGAUGUUACUGCACAUUUUAAAUUCUUAACACUAAUUUAUCUAUAUAAGUGUUUUAUAUGCAUAUUUUUGGACAUAAACAGUUUAUGUAAAAUUAGUAAUGAAUGAUGGCAAUGAGGGCACUGUUCUCUUAGUUUGUUUUCAAUGAUCAUUUAGCAUUCAAUGAUGGAACAGCUGGUAUAACAUAAGUUGUUGGCAUGAAAUAUUUGAGAUUGGAAACUUCUUGCCUUGAGCAGAACUUAUAUUAGAUUCUCUCUCACAUUUUCUUGGAGCUGGGGUUUGAAUAGGAACCAGAUGAUGUUCACUGCUGAAAUUCCAUAAUGCUUCCCACUGAAGGGAAGUUGAGAACCAGGAAAGCUGUUUUCACGUCAUUGCCAUCCAGUACUGACAGGGAAGAAAGAUGUAGUUUUCCAGUAGUGAUGAAUCAAAUUAUUGAAUUAAAUUUCUUCUUAAGUAAAAACUCAGAAUGUACCAUCUUGUUUCCUUUCAGUUUAUUAAAUGGCAUCAUAAAGAUGACUUUGCUAAGUUAAUACAGUUAAAAAUUUUUUUAAUAUAAGCCAAAAUAUUAACUUUAAUGAAACACUGACUUGGCAAAUGAAUUUCCUAUAAAUUAUCAUUGGUCAGAAUGCUGUUUUGUUUAAUUAUAUUAUGCAACAUAAACCAUAGGUGUUAUUAGAAGUGGAGAACUGCCAUUUUCAUCUGGGGCUUUUAAGGACUUGCUAUAAAUGAUUAUUUUUUAAAUGCUUUAUAAAUCUUCAUGGUUUUUCUAUUUCUGAUACACUCAGCUAUAGUUAAUGCCAGAGUAUCCUACCAGGAGUAAAUAUUUGGAAUAUUUAAAUCUAGUAAAAGAAGAAAGUUGUACUUCCUGGGAGUAUUAGGAGAUGGGAGUAGAGAUUCACUUUUAAGUUCUUGAAAAUAUAUGCAUUCUCCUAAAUAUUAACAAAAAUGAUUUGGGGUAAUGACAUGGCUUGGUUAUUCUGUUUAAAUUUGUAGUGUGGCUUAUGUUACACAUGUUCAUGUUCACCUCUCAUUCACCUGUUUGUUUUAUAUGGUUUAAAAUUCUCUUUAACAAAAUUCAGAAAAUCCACCUGAAACGUAUUUUGACCUAAGAAACAUAUUUUUGUAUCAGUAUUGAAUUUUGGACAGUGCCCCCAUAUAAGGAAGUUACUGUUUUAAAAUAAAGCAAACUGUUUUAUUUUCCUUGGA